AAACAAGGUCAAGUCUUCUGCUGCAGCAUUCCGCGCUGGGUGUCAGGAGGAGGACCGAUCGCAGAAGUUAAUCGAAAAUAAUCUAAAGCACACCUCGCAUCCGAGUCACAGGUCCCUCUGGAAACACGUGCCAAGAUGAUGCAGUGUCUUCAGUUCCUUGUUGAGCCGGCAAAGAACAUCACUGUCAAGCUCAAGGAGUCGCGUAAGCGUGCGAAGAAUGAGAAGAGAGAGCCGCUGGACGAGAGUCAGCUGUUCAUCGCACAGCUGGCCAGAGACAUGGGCAGAGUGUGUCAGAGGUCCGAGGUGCUGGAGCACAUCUCCACCUGUGAGGAUGUGUGGCCGUCUCUCACCUGCAGAGCAGUGAUCCUGGAGUGGGCCUCACUGCUGGAGAGCAAGAAGCGUCCAGAGCAGAGUGACGGCUGGCCAGAGUGGAGGGAUCUGGCGCUGAGCUGUGAUGUGGACAUGGAGAGCGCCAAGAGGGUCAUCAUCAACUGGGCCAAGGAGAUACGCGCCAUACCAGAGCAGGCGGUGUGGCCAGGCGAGGCGGUGGUGGCGGUGCUGGAUGACCUGGAGGCUCAGUGGAGACGAGGGAAACUGGACACCCUACACACCGCCAUGGAGCUAGUGUUCUACACACUCUCCCACCGCGGAGAGGACAAGGAGAGCAUUCCACAGCAGUGGCUGAUCUGGAAACAGAGGAGCCAGAAAAUAGGCGCAGCCCCCUAUAUUCCACAUACAGUGUGGGACUGGAUCUGUGAUGCCGGAGUGGAAGUGACCCUUGACCUGGACACGGCGAACCCUGACCUCCUGAUCUCGGACGACGAGAAGCGUCUGCGCUGCGGCUUCGAGCGCAAGGACAUACCCAACUACCACGAGCGCUUCGACGGGUGGUGGUGUGCUGUGGGGGUGGAGGGAUUCUCCUCUGGACGCCGCUACUGGGAGGUGGAGGUGGGUGAGAUGGACUGGCGGCUGGGCGUGGCUAAAGAGUCUGCGCUGCGCAAGGGCUUCAAGUCUCUGAACACACACACGGGCUACCUGACCCUUCGUCUGGAGCGCGGCACGGAGCUCAAGGCGCUGACCGUGCCCUUCACCGCGUUGCCCGGCAACCUGAUCCCGCGCCGCGUGGGCGUCAUGCUGGACACGGAGGCCGGUCAGCUGAGCUUUUACGACGCCAUCGAGCGCGCCCACAUCUACACCUACAACCAGAGCUUCACCUACGACGAGAAGCUGUACCCGCUGUUCGGCACCACCGAGAUCAUCAAGGACCUCGUCAUACGCUCGCCCGGCCAACGCAGCACCUGCCUCUGCCCUGGCAUGUGCCUCUGGGGCUGAGAGGGCGGGGGGGGGCCGCGGAGUGUGUGUGUGUGUGUGUGUGUGUGUGUGUGUACAGGGGUGGAGGUCUGGAGGGGUGUGUGGAGGGAUGGUGUGUGUAAUGUUAAGGGAGCAUAGUUCAACACACACAACAUAAUGUAUAACAUAAUGUAUAGACCUGGAGUGGGAUGACAACUGGACCUAGAAUGAAUCUAGUUUUUCCCCAUGAUUCUCUAUAAGACUACAUCUCCCAUGAUCCCUAUAUAAUACUACAACUCCCAUGAUCCCUCACCCUUAGGUGGGUUAGAUGUAUGCACUUUGUGUUAAAUGACAUGUCUUACCUUAGCACUUAAUACAGUCAAGAGUCCUUGAUUCGUAAGGACCAAUCUAUAGCUUCAGGGGUCCCACGGCUACCGUCAAAUUAAAAUACCGACAUUCAGUACGCUGCUAACGUGAAAUAAUACCAAAAAGACUAAGAAUAAAUCAUUAAGAGCUGAAAUACUACCAAAAAGACUAAGAAUAAAUCAUUAAGAGCUGAAAUACUACCAGAAAGACUAAGAAUAAAUCAUUACGAGCUGAAGGCUUAAGUAUUAAAAUGCAUAAGGGUGGAGCAAGGGGGAGUUAAGUCAGUCAGUGUUAUGGAGCAGAGUCAGUCUGGUGUGAUGGUGUUAAAGAGAACUUAACACACUGACUUGGGAGACAUGAGAAGGCUCAUUAACUCUAGAUGAGCAACUUGGUACACACGCACACGCAAAUACACACGCGCACACACACACACACAAACAUGCACGCACACAUACGCACAAGCGCACACACACACACACACACAAACACACACACACACAGACACACAGAUAACCCCGUCCUCUCAGGUCCAAACGGCAGUCCUGUUGUCGCUGGACCUCUUUCCAUCUGUACUUAGAGCAUCGUACUGUAAGCCUGUAGAGCGCUUAGUUUCAACCACGUACGGAGAUCAUCGCUGUAAAGACACACUUCCACCGCACACACACACACACACACACACACACAGAGGGAGUGGAGAAAGCAGGAGAACACUCACACUCACGUACGGAGAUUAUCGCUGUAAAGACACACUACCAACGCACACACACACACACACACAAACACACACACUCUACCACUCAUGUACAGAGAUCAUCGCUACCAAUGCACACUACCAAUGCACAAGCACACACACACACAAGCAUUCUAUGCCUCCUAUGAGAUCAUUGCUGUAAAGACACACUACCAACGCACACACACACACACACACACAUACACAAGCAUUCUAUGCCUCCUCUGAGAUCAUUGCUGUAAAGACACACUACCAACGCAUCCUAUGCCUGUAGACAGCCCUGCUAGAUAGCGUGAGGAGAUCAUCGCUGUAAAGACCAAACCGCAUUAUUACUUAAGUAGUAACCUACACAGUCUCUGCUGAUUAUACCCCUGUGUGUCUGUCAAUCUGUGUUUAGAGCCUCUCCGUGUGUGUGUGUGUGUGUGUGAGUGUGUGUGUGUGUGUGAGAGAGAGGCCUGUUCUUUUCCUACUCAGACGCGUACUGCUGUCCUUGUCCUGUACUGUCGGCUUGUGUGCUGGUCAUCCUAACCCUGCAGUAACAAUGCACUUUAUGUGAAUACCAGAGAAAUCAUUAAAGAUAGACCAAUCAAA